AUGGGAGGUAUGGUAGGAUUCCUCUAUCGGCAGCUCACAUUCGCUCCCAAACCGCUGCCGGCCGAUAUCACUCUUCCGGGGAAAACAGUUCUUAUCACGGGCGGAAAUGCCGGUCUUGGACUCGAAGCGGCCAAGGAGAUUGUAGCUCACAAUAUAUCACGAAUCAUUCUUGGUGUCCGUAAUCUAUCGAAGGGAGAGGCAGCUAAAGCGGAGAUUCUCACUCAAUCGCCGAACUGCGAUGUGCUGGUUUGGGAGCUCGAUCAGGAGUCAUUUACCAGUAUGCAGGCAUUUGCAGAGCGGGCAGCUGGAGAAGUAGACCGCUUAGAUAUUGUCAUCCUCUGCGCUGGAGUGAAGCUCUUGGAGUUCAUCAAGUCGAAGCCGACAGGCCACGAAAUGAAUGUCCAGGUCAAUCAUAUCGGAACAGCCUUGCUAUCUCUCCUUCUCCUUGAUCCUCUACAGAGGACUUUCAAAGCAAAUCCUGGCCAGCCAACCCGACUAACCGUCGUCACGUCCGAGGUUCAUUUCUGGACCGAAUUCGAGCAAAAGGAUGCACCCAACACCCUCGCCCGUCUGGACGAGCCAUCUUCGUUUGGGCAAGGAAUGGACCGGUACAACACAAGCAAGCUCCUGAACGUUCUGUGGUUGCGGGAGCUAAGCUCGAGGGUUGGACCGGAUUUGAUCGUCAACGGAGUGAAUCCUGGUCUGUGUGCGAGCACGCUACAUCGCUCUGAUACCACGCCGGGGGUCAAAAGCUUCAACAAGAUUUUUGCCUGGACCUCGGCACAGGGAGGCCAUAAUCUGGUGGAUGCAGCUGUUCAGCAUUCAAAGGCUCAGGGGGCUUUUUAA